AUGGAGGCGGUGGCUCUUUUCUCUUUCACAGCAUCAGAACCAGACGAGAUCAGUUUCCAGAAAGGGGACAUUAUCAAGGUGACAGAAAUGGAGGAUGAUUCUUGCUGGGUCACAGCAGAGAUCCAGGGGAAGCGUGGCUACGUGCCAGAGAACUACAUUUCACUCCUUCCUUAUCCGUGGUUUGCAGGACGGGUGUCAAGACUCGAGGCUGAAAAGCUCCUGCGCUGGCAGGACACCGGAGUGUUCCUGGUGAGGGAGAGUGAGUCAGCUCCUGGAGAGUUUUCUGUCUCUGUUAGCUACGGUGAGAGGGUGGAGCAUUUCCGAGUGCUGGAGGGGGGCGGUCAGUACUGCAUCUGGGAUGAGUCGUUUCGCUCCCUCAACCGGCUGGUGGAUUUCUAUAGAACUCACAGCAUCGCCGUGGAGAACGUGGUCUACCUCAAAGACCCCCCUUCGUCCCCUCGCCUGCUGUCCUACUCAGGACAUAACCCGUACCCCAACCCGUACAAAAGCAGCUCUCAGGAGUCCCUCCCCUCAGCCCGCCUCUACUCUCACCCCUCUCACCCAGAACGAGAGUCCUCGCGGCGUCCUCUGCCUGAUCCAGCUGUGGGGAGACCUCGCCUGGCUCACGCCCUCUGCGACUACACCCCUCCUCAGACCGCCCACCUCCACUUCCUGCGUGGUGACAUCAUCGACCUGCUGGACUGCUCGAGCUCUCUGACCUGGAGGGGCCGCUGUCGAGGGCGAGUUGGAAUCUUUCCGCCAGAAUACGUCCAGCCGCUGUACCACUGACACCAUAUCAAACUGUAUCACUGACACUUAUCUGUGGAGCUGUCGUGACUCACCUCUCUUAUCCAAUGAUCCAACUGCUGAUGAAACAAUUAGACCAAUGAUCAAU